GGCGGCGACUUUGUUCGCUCAGAAGAUGGUCUUCCUGAGCGGCGGAGGAUUUCCGCUGUCACUACAAUUUCGGAGCGCCCUAUCGUCGAUCAAUUGUUAAUUAAGCAUUCGAAUAUCGGUAGGGUUUAUCGCAUUAUAGCUUAUUGUCUCAGGUUAAGCAAGAAACAUUGGCCGGUGGUGCCGACAAUGCACGUGUCUCCCGAUGAAGUUUCUUACGCCAUGCGCGUUGCGUGCAGGUCGGUGCAAAGGAGCGCGUUUUCACCCGAAUACGUCGCGCUUAGCAGUGGUAGACCACUCGGCUCCACCAGCAAAUUACUGUCGCUAGCUCCCUUCAUGGACAAAUUUGGUUUAAUACGGGUGGGAGGCAGAUUACAAAGUUCCGAAUUAGCAGCGGACGCGCUUCAUCCUAUAUUGUUACUCCGCGAUCAUAAUUUAACAAGACGCAUAAUAAUGCAUGAACACGCGCGCUCUUUGCAUUCAGGGGCGCAAUCCACUAUGGCUACUGUUCGACAAUGAUUUUGGCCUAUAUCUUUACGUUCAAUUACGAGAAAAAUUAUUAGAGAGUGUGUGAUCUGCUUCAAGGCAAGGCCCCGCUUGUCAGAGGCCAUGAUGGGAUCCCUGCCAGCUAGUCGCGUCACUGUUUCAAGGCCGUUUUAGCACUGCGGCGUUGAUUACGCCGAACCGAUUAUGUUACGGGAAGGGCGAAGGCGAAACGCUCGAAACCACAAGGCGUAAAUUGCGAUUUUCGUGUGCUUCGCCACGAAGGCGAUACACAUAGAGUUAGUAAGCGAUCUCACUGCGGAUGCGUUUAUGGCUGCGCUUCGAAGAUUUAUUUCAAGAAGAGGUAAACCCAGUUGCAUGUACUCCGACAACGGAACCACGUUUGUCGGAGCUGCUAGACAGCUCAAAGAGUUAUAUGAUUUUAUAAAUGACGAGCGGACACAAGAACCUGUCAGGCAUUUCCUGUGUGAGCAGGAAACUUCCUGGCAAUUCAACCCUCCCAACGCCCCUCAUUUUGGCGAGUUAUGGGAGGCUGCCGUUAAAUCAGCCAAGUGUCAUAUGUCACGAAUCAUUGGUAAAGCGCAUUUAGUUUUCGAGGAGCUGCAGACAGUUCUUUCCGAGAUCGAAGCGAUAUUAAAUUCGCGUCCCCUUACGCAAUUAAGCACCGACCCUAAUGAUUUGAUGUACCUUUCUCCUGGUCAUUUUCUGGUUGGUACGGCGUUGAAUGGCUUUCCUUCCCACGAUUUGUAUGACGUUAAUGAAAACCGUUUGACGCGCUGGCAGAGAGUGGAGCAGAUUAGGCAGCAUUUUUGGCGUCGCUGGAGUGCUGAGUAUCUCCACUCUUUGCAGCAGCGUUCCAAAUGGAAAACUAACAAGGGUGUCCAACUCCAACCUAAUCAGAUGGUGCUUAUAAAGCAGCAAGGCCUAGCGCCGUUGCAAUGGCUUUUAGGGCGCGUGGAGGAGGUGCAUCCCGGCUCCGACGGUGUUGCGCGAUCAGCCGCCGUUCGAACUGCCAAGGGUCUAAUUGUUAGACCAUUAUUCAAGCUUGCGAUUUUACCCGUUCAGGAAUGAAAUGUAUUUUCGUUAAUGGUUUUUUUGUGUAGUUGUUUAAGUUUAAGCUUAGUUUAUACGAUGCGUUUAAUUUUAUUUUAGGCAUUGAAAGUGCGUCCUUUCAAAGGGGGCAGUAUGUUACCGCUAUUGUUAAUUAUUUCGUUUAAUUUCGUUCGAAUAUGUUUUUUGUAUUGUGUUUACGCGCGGCUGCAGGCCCAGCGAUUCGAUCGCCGAUCGCGCGAGCGUUUUUCUGUUGUUUUCUUCCGAGCGUCGCGCGCUCGGCAGAGGCCGCGCCCGAGUCAUUCGCAAAACAGUCGUCGCCGUCGUAACAUCGCUUAACUGCCUUCACGUUCGAAGUUUUGUAUUUAGCGAUUUUUUGUGUGUAAUUGUCCGGCAAGUUCCCCGCGACUUCCGAACUCACGAGCGGGAUCAAAUAAAUAUCAUCAAAUCUAGAGAAGAGUUUUUCUUUUCUCGACCACGCACGACCUCGAGAGAACACCGACGGUCACAGCGUGGCGGUGUGCAACACUCCAUUCGUUUUGCACUUAACACUUGUAUUUAUAUGUAUUUAUAUACUUACUAAUUACAUAUUUUGUCGCUUAUCGUUACUUAUAUUUCACCUAUACCAACACCAUCUAUGUAUCCUUAUACAUUUUUUGUUGAUCGUUGAAGCCGUUCUCAUUAGAAAUUUUUUGAGCGUGUGUAUCUAUCUCGUGAUCCGGUUGUUUAUGGCGAAAGGAAGCGAACUUUCGCUAUAAACAACCGCAACCAUAAUUAUGUGCUGGCUCACCAAUCACAAGAUCCGUAUACAUGACCGUCCAAUCAGUGAUGUCAGAAACUGCAUUGGUAGCCAUGCUACCGCAUGCACAGUUCUUGGCAGCACUGCUGUCCAUUAAUUUACGAUUUGGUUUCUUGAGUUGGCAACAAUCAAACAAUCGAAUCAAUGUAACAAUCAACAAUGCCAACAAAUUAGUUAGCCUUACAGAUUAGUUUCUUGAAGAUUUUUCCGAACGUAAGCAUACAACAUAAGAAAUGGAUCCUGAACCCGGAAUAUCUAACGAGUGUGAAAAAGAAAAUAUACCGGCUAUCCUAAAUGGCGAAUUAUUCGUCAUAAAAAAUAAAGAUGGCAAUAACGUUACGGCUCAAUGUGAGGUUUGCAAUUCCAAACAUAAAAAAAUAAUGAUAAAAGGCGCAAUAAAUGCAACAUCCAAUUUUCGUACACACCUGAAGAGAUUACAUCCCAUAGAAUUCAAGAAAUUCACGGAGACACCAAUAAGAUCCUAUAAUCGUAAAAAAAGAAAAGUGGCAAAUGAAUAUGACGAAUCUGCACCUACAAACAUUGACGUUGAAAGUAGUGUAAAACAGAAGCAGUUGAAAUUUAGUGAGGUUAACAUAGCUAGCAACAAACAUAAACAAGCACUCUUUGAUCAAAAUUUAAUAAAUUACAUUGUGAAAAGUAUGAAACCACUUCAUACUGUUGACGAUCUAAAUUUUAUUGGAUUAUGCCGAGAUUUAGACAGUUCUGUCAGAGUAAUGUCUCGUCGAAUACUUAGUCGAAAUAUAGAAGAGGACUGUAUAUCCGUUACUGGACAAUUAUUACAAGUGUUUCAAAAUGUUCAAUUUAUAUGCACUACAGCAGUAUAUUUAGUCCACAAAACAUAGAAGUUUUAUGGGCGUGACAACACACUGGAUCGACGAGAACACUUUUCAACGUCACGGUGCUGUUCUUGCAUGUAAACGUUUUAAGGGAACGCAUAAUUAUAUUCGGAUAGCAAAUUUUUUAUAUGAAAUAAAUGUGCAAUAUAAUUUGAAGAGCAAACAGAUAGUUUCAACAGUAACUGACAAUGGAAAAAAUUUUGUUAAAGCCUUUAAAGAAUUUGGUUAUAAGAUAAAAAUACCUGCUGCGCUAGAAGAAGAAAUACCUAUUGUACUAGAAGGAGAAAUAGAUUCCGAAUAUUCUAAUAACGGACAAGAGGAUUUAGAUGAAUAUAACGAUGAAUUUGAUAUAGAUUUUGAAUUUCGUAGUAUCGAGCAAAAAGACACUGAUGUUGAAUCUAUUAUUGAACUACCAAAGCACCUAAGAUGUGCAAGCCAUACUUUAAGCUUGCUGGCAACUACGGACUUUACAAAAGCGUUGAAACAAAAUCCUGUUGCAUCAAAAAUUCAUCAUACAGCAAUGGGAAAAUGCACGAUGUUAUGGAAUAUGUCUCGAAGACCAAGUACAUCAGAGAAAAUUGUUGAUUUCUUAGGAAAGAGUUUGAAGUAUCCAACCCCUACACGCUGGAAUUCGUUAUUUGAUGCGCUGUCCAAUCUUUUAGUACAUCGAGAAAAUCUAAAUAAGUUAAUGUCAAAAUUAGAUUCAAAUGUUCUUUUUAAAGAUGUAGAAUUAAAUUAUUUAGAAGAAUGCAUCGAUGUAUUAUCUUCCAUUGCAUCAGCAUUAGACCGAUUGCAGAGCGAAAAUGAAUGCUAUUAUGGCAUUCUAAUGCCAACUCUUUUUUCUCUUAAAAUGAGAAUGAGAAUGCUACAUGAAAGAAAUCUGAGAUUUUUAAAUGGCGUUGUAACAAUUCUCAUCACUUCACUCGAGAAUAGAUUUAAAGACUACUUCAAUUUUUCGCCAACAGUAAACGAUGCUAUCAUUGCUUCGUGUUUACACCCAACAUUUAAGUUAAAGUGGCUUCCAAAGUCUAUGUCCAGCGAGGAAGAGUUACGUUUUCAAAACUUGUGUAACGCGGCUAUAGACGAGCUUGUGCCUCUUGAAGUCACAAGUAUUUCUAAUUCCAGUGAAGAUGAAUUCUUUAUCUUCAAUGGAUCUAAUAUUCUGCAGCAAUCAAAUACAGAUACGGAACUGAUUUCUUUUUUUAAUGAUAAACAGAAAACGCUUGAUACAUUAAAUAAAUAUCCACGUGUGAAAAAGGCGUUUAUAAAAUUUAAUACUAGUCUGUGUUCUGCUCCUGUAGAGAGACUCUUUUCUUUUGCGGGAUUUAUACAUUCGCCUACUCGUGGUCUUCUAUCUGAUAAAAUAUUUGAAACAUUGGUAUUUUUAAAAGGCAAUAAGAAUUACCAAAGCAAUAAUAAAUAAAUAAAGUAUACUUUGUAUACUAUAUCACUAUAUAUUAUAUAUAUAGUAUAGUAAGCGUUUUCUGUUUAUCAUUAAAGAAAGAAAUCAGUUCUAUAUCUAUAUUCGAUUGCAGAAUAUUAAAUCCAUUGAAUUAUGCAGAGUAUAUUCUAUUAUAUAUUAUAUAGUGUUAGUGGUUUAGUGAUAUAGUAGCUGCCUAUUAUAUGUAUAUUUUAUACCUCUGUUACCUUGAAAAAAA